UGUGGAGCAAGGACUCAACAAGCAAACUCGGUCAACCUCAUAGCCUGCGUCCACUAUGCCACUCUAUUCGCUCAGUUGUCUUGCUCUCCAUUAUUCUACUUACACUCCCCUCAGGUCGCUGGUCCACACUGCAGCUACUUUGGUGGAAUCAAAUGGCGGGCUUGUUCGCCAGAUUGACUACCUGGGACGAAGAAACACCCCUCAACGCAUCCGAGCACCCGGCCUGGUCCCCGGAGGUGUCGGAGAAGCCGAUUACUGGACGAUGCAAUUUGAUGCCAACCCACCAACCGUUAGAGAGUUAACAAAUCGGUUGAGAGUUGAUCCGCGGGUACUCAGGCACACUACCUUGCUGGUCGGAAGUAAGCUCAGAGAUGUUGUAGCACCUCAGUGGAAUACUACUCUUCGCCCCUCACUGCGAUUACCCAAUGAUGAUGAAAAAGUGGACACCCACCAGCGUGCUUUAGACCACGACCAUGCUACCAGCCAAUAGACUAGAUUAUAUGACUUUGCUUUCAAACGAAAUGCGUUACAACCCUAUUUCCUUUUUCAAAACAUGUAGUGCACACCGAUGACCUCUCGCGUACUUUCCAAUCGGCGGUCCUCCACUAAAUAAGUCUUGUGUGCAUUUCUUUUUGUUUGGGUUUGGGCCAAGUCUACGGGACCUUGUAUGCAUACAUAGCCCCGAUAGCUUCGGCAGCUUUUCGGAAACAACUCCCAAACCGUUUUUACGGUUGCUUUCUAUUCGCCGUUUACACACACAAAAACCUUCCUAUAAUCUUUCACUACUUUCGUUAGAGCUACUUUUCAAGUUGGUCAUCGGCCUUUGUCAUCAGAUUCAGUCCGCCUUCUUUCAGCACAUAAUAUGUAUCUACUCAGGAGGCACCACGACCUAAGCUUAUGAAAACUGAACAUUUCGCUCAUUUAUUGCACAUUAUAAAACGCG